AUGACCGGUGGAAUCCAUCCAAUUGAUCUUCCCGGCACUCGCGCUGCCUACUAUGCUCCAGCUACUGUGACAUCUCAGCCGCCGAGCAGCUGGCUUCAUGUUUCGGGCCAACCUGGAUCGUUGGUCAAUGGAGAGGUUCCUUCCGACUAUGAAUCCCAAAUCCAUCUAGCUCUGUUGAACCUGCACAAAGUCUUGGUCGCAGCAGGUGCUUCGAUCGCGGAUAUCGCCCGACUUACGGUCUACAUUGUCAACUACGACCCCCAACGGCGCAAACAUACCCGCCACAUUCAACGCUUUCUACGAUCCCACCGGCCAGCCAUAACGCUCGUUCCAGUGUCUCAGCUCGCAGGUCCGGAAUGGUUGUUUGAGAUUGAAGCCGUGGUGGCCAAGCCUCCGGCAAUUUCCAGGCAGUUGAACACGCCAGAUGCGAAGGUGUGGGAUGUGGUGGUCAUCGGUGCCGGGCUGGCCGGUCUCACGGCCGCGGAACAUCUGAUCCGACCUGGUCACUCUUGUCUUGUUCUCGAAGCUCGCGACCGUGUUGGAGGCCGAACCUGGAGCACGACAUUGCCUGACGGGAAAGGAACGGUGGACAUCGGGGCUGCGUGGAUCAACGAUACCAACCAAAGCCAGAUCUACCAGCUGGCUAAGAGAGCUGGGGUUGAAUUCAUCGAGCAGAAUACAACAGGAAAUUGCUUAUUGCAGGAGUCUGCAGGGAGUAAGCAGACGUUCGCAUAUGGCGAGGUCCCGUUUGAUCCCGAAACGCAGAAGCAGUUGGCUGUAAUCCGAAAUAUGGUCGAGGCCGACUGUCAACAGGUUGACUGUGUGCGACCGGAGGAUUCUACUCUGGACUCAAUGACCUUUCUCGCGUACCUCGAGAGCCGCCAGGCUAGUGAUAAGGCGAUCUCGACGGCCGCCAUCUGGACCCGUGCGAUGCUGGGCCAAGAGCCCGAGGACGUGUCGGCUCUUUACUUCCUCAACUACUGUAAAUCCGGCGGCGGACUGCUGCAGAUGCGUUCCGAUCGUCGCCACGGUGGCCAGUACCUGCGUAUACGCCAGGGCACGCAGUCUUUUGCUCAAACCCUAGCGGCAGCACUCCCAUCGGGCACUGUGCAGUUGUCAUCCCCGGUGACGCAGAUUAACCAACAGUAUCCCGGUCGCGUGUUGAUCCAGACACGGGAUCGAACCGUGCAAGCCUCGAAAGUGAUCUCUGCCAUGCCAUCCACCGUCCUCCGAACCAUCGACUUCAAUCCACCGCUUCCACCCCGUAAACAGCUCUUAGUUGACGCAUUCAACUAUGGAUAUUACACUAAGGCCAUGGUGGUUUUCCGCUCCGCCUUCUGGGUGAAUAAAGGCUACUGCGGUCUUGUUCAGUCAUUCACCGGCCCAGCAUCCAUUGUCAGAGAUUCCAGCAUUCCAAGUGACGACAAAUGGGUGUUGACUUGCUUCCUCUGCGGGGAUUCGGGGCGACAGUGGUCCCAACUACAAUACUCCGAACGGGUGAAUGUCUUGUUGAAUCAAUUGGGCGAGAUAUACGGCGAUUCGGACCUGGUACGCCGAGAAUAUGUCACAACGGUCGAGCAUGAAUGGUCGAAAGAAGAAUACUCGGGCUUCGGAUGUCCUUGUCCAUCGCUACCUCCAGGAGUGCUGACCGUAGCCGGGGAUGCUCUUCGAGAGCCUUUCCGUGAUGUCCAUUUCGUAGGCACCGAGACGGCAGCCGAAUGGAAGGGAUACAUGGAGGGAGCAGUGCGAAGUGGUGAACGAGGAGCAGCAGAAGUCCAGAAGCAGUUGGCCAUGGCUCAUCUGUAG